AUGGCGUCGACCGUCACCAGCGACUCGGCCGUCUACGAGCGCCGCGUCGUCGAGCGCAUCCACAAGUACCACUGGCCGGCCGUGCAGCUCAACCUCUGGAUGCUCAUCAUGCUGAUCGCGUCGUGCCUAAUCAUCGGCGUGUUCGCAACCUUCAUCCAGAUCCAGCAGACACUGCUGCUGCCAAUACCAUGGUACUUCCCCUACUACAUCACGGUGGCCUCGCUGUCGGUGGCUUUCAUCCUGCUGCUGCUCUGGCUGAUCUUCCAGCGGCGGCUGCUGCCGAGCAUCGUGCUGAUCGGCGGCUUCAUCCUGUUCGUCCUGUGGCUCGUCGGCCUCGUCGUCAUCUCCAUCCAGCUGUGGGGGCCCUCCGGCUCCGUCAGCUCCAACUGCAACGUCUACGUCUUCGGCGCCAGCCCCCAGCCCACCGGCCAGAGCCUGCAGACGCUCGCCUGGCUGCAGCAGCGCAGCAUCUGCCAGAGCUGGCAGGCCGUCUUUGCGUUCGGGCUGGUUGGGGAGAUCUUUUUGUUGUGGAUCAUGGUCAUGUCUUAUCAGGUUUUUGCGGAUGAUUCUUGA